AUGGCUCCUGGAGUCCUCGAGCCAGCAGCGACUGCUGAAAAGGUGGUUUCCCUCGCCUCCCUCGCCGAAAGCUACGAUGAUACACUCCGCUUCUAUCUCAAUGGGACAAAGAUCGAGCUGGACUCGGUGGAUCCAGAAAUCACACUAUUGGAAUAUUUAAGAGGCGUCGGUCUGACGGGAACAAAGCUGGGCUGCGCAGAAGGUGGUUGCGGCGCCUGCACCGUCGUCGUGUCGCAAUUGAAUCCCACCACGAACAAGAUAUACCAUGCGUCGGUCAAUGCCUGUCUAGCUCCUCUGGCCAGCAUUGACGGCAAGCAUGUCAUCACCAUCGAGGGAAUCGGCAGCUCGAAAAGCCCACACCCCGCACAACAACGAAUCGCCAUGGCUAGUGGGAGCCAGUGCGGAUUCUGCACGCCAGGAAUAGUCAUGAGCUUGUAUGCUUUGCUCAGAAACUCCGGCCCUGAGCCAUCCGAAGUGGAAAUUGAGGAGAACUUUGACGGAAACCUGUGUCGUUGCACGGGUUACAGGCCCAUACUCGACGCCGCUCAGAGUUUCAACAAGGUGUGUGGCAAAUCAAUUGCAAAUGGUGGUUCCGGCUGUUGCAUGGAGAACGGCGGCUCGUGCAAUGGCGCCCCUAAUGGUGAGACGAAUGGCGCGGACGGUACAGUGGAGAAGAAGUUCACCCCUCCAUCUUUCAUCCAUUACGAUAAGGCGACAGAAUUAAUAUACCCUCCGGCUCUAAAAAAGCACGAGUUCAAGCCGCUGGCUUUCGGCAACAAGAGGAAGAAAUGGUAUAGGCCUGUGACUCUCCAACAGUUGCUUGAAAUCAAGAAUGCCCAUCCCGGCGCCAAGUUGAUUGGUGGCAGCACAGAAACCCAGAUUGAAAUCAAGUUCAAAGCCGCGCAGUAUUCGGUGUCAGUGUACGUGGGGGAUAUUGCGGAACUUCGACAGUACUCUUUCUACGAUGACUAUCUUGAAAUUGGAGGCAAUGUUGCCUUGACGGAUUUGGAGAACAUAUGUGAUGAAGCUGUCAAGCAUUAUGGACCGACCAAAGCUCAACCAUUCGAAGCUAUCAAGAAAGCCAUCAGGUAUUUUGCCGGUCGGCAAAUUCGCAAUGUUGGCACUCCCGCAGGGAAUCUGGCCACGGCGUCACCUAUUUCCGAUCUCAAUCCAGUUUUUGUCGCAACAAACUCGACACUAAUUGCCAAGUCUCUCAAUAAGACUACAGAAAUUCCGAUGUCGAGCUUCUUCAAGAGCUACAGGGUGACAGCGUUGCCUGCAGACGCUGUCAUCGCGGCAAUGAGGAUUCCUCUUACCGCUGAAAAAGGCGAGUAUGUCAGAUCUUAUAAGCAAUCGAAGAGGAAAGACGAUGAUAUCGCCAUUGUCAAUGCUUGUCUUCGAGUUGCGCUGGACGAUGACUACAAAGUGAAGAAUGCGAACUUGGUAUAUGGAGGCAUGGCUCCCAUAACAAUCGAGGCCAAGCAGGCUUCUGAAUAUAUCGUAGGCAAGACAUUUACGAAUCCUCAGACGCUUGAAGGAGUGAUGAACGCAUUGGAGCAUGACUUCAACCUUCAAUUUGGUGUGCCAGGAGGCAUGGCCUGGUACCGAAAAUCAUUAGCGCUAGGGUUCUUCUAUCGCUUCUACCAGGAUGUCCUGCUCAACAUCGAGGAAUCUAGCAAAGAGGCCGACAAAGAAGCUAUCGAGGAGAUCGAAAGGGAAAUCUCUACUGGCCAAAAGGAUCAUGAUGCUUCCGUUGCUUACUCGCAGAAAAUUCUCGGGAAGGAACAUCCCCACAUGGCCGCGCUGAAACAAUGCACUGGCGAAGCCCAAUAUACGGACGAUAUUCCAGUACAAAUGAACGAACUUAUAGGCUGUCUGGUUUUGUCAACCAAAGCGCAUGCCAAGUUGAUCGGUGUCGAUCCCAACCCUGCCCUUCAGCUUCCGGGCGUGGUCGCUUGGGUGGACAGACAUGACUUUCCAGAUCCAAAAGCGAACUGGUGGGGUGCUCCUGUUUGCGAUGAAGUUUUCUUUGCAGAAGACGAAGUCUUUACAGCUGGCCAACCUAUCGGCAUGAUCCUGGCGAACACUUCCCAGGAAGCUGCUGCCGGUGCACGUGCCGUGCUCGUCCAGUAUGAAGAGCUACCGGCCAUAUAUACCAUCGAAGAGGCGAUAGAGAAUCAAAGCUUUUAUGAGCACUACAGACAUAUCCGCAGAGGUGACGUUGAAAAGGCCUUCGGAGAGUGCGACUACGUGUUCGAAGGCACGUCGAGGAUGGGCGGUCAGGAGCAUUUCUAUCUGGAAACUCAGGCUGCUUUGGCAAUUCCCAAGCCAGAAGACGGGGAGAUGGAAAUUUGGAGUAGUACACAGAACCCAUCUGAAACACAGGCGUACAUUGCAAAGGCUCUCGGUGUUCAAUCAAAUAAGAUUGUCUCCAGGGUCAAACGUCUUGGUGGUGGAUUUGGCGGCAAAGAGACUCGAUCUGUUCAACUCUCCACCAUCUGCGCCGUUGCAGCAAACAAAGUCAAGCGACCGGUUAGAUGCAUGCUCAAUAGGGACGAGGAUAUUAUGACCUCUGGGCAGAGACACCCUUUCCUGGGCAUUUGGAAGGUCGGAGUCAACAAGGACGGCAAAAUACAGGCACUCAAAGCCAAUAUCUUCAACAAUGCCGGCUGGUCUCAAGAUCUGUCUGCUGCCGUUGUUGAUCGAGCGUUAUCGCAUGUCGACGGGUGCUAUAACAUCCCCAAUGUCGAUGUGGACGGACGUCUCUGCAGGACAAAUACCGUCUCCAAUAGUGCUUUUCGUGGCUUUGGUGGCCCUCAAGGCAUGUUUAUUGCGGAAUCAUACAUGGAGGAAAUUGCAGACCAUCUGAAGAUCCCCGUCGACAAGCUCAGAGAAAUCAAUUUCUAUAAAGAUGGCGAAAAAACACACUUCAACCAAGCGCUCGAAGAUUGGCAUGUGCCUUUGAUGUACAAGCAGAUUAAAGAGUCGGCAGACUACGACGCACGCCGCAAAGCGGUCGAUGAAUUCAACGCCUCACACAAAUGGCAAAAGAAGGGGCUGGCCAUUAUCCCCACAAAAUUCGGCAUUUCCUUCACCGCUCUCUUCCUUAAUCAAGCUGGUGCCCUAGUCCACAUCUAUCAUGACGGUUCCGUCCUUGUCGCCCACGGGGGUACCGAAAUGGGCCAAGGGCUGCACACCAAGAUCUGCAUGAUCGUGGCCGAAGCACUCCAGGUACCUCUCACAGACGUGCACAUCUCAGAAACCGCGACAAACACUGUCGCCAACGCCUCGAGCACGGCGGCAUCCGCUUCGUCAGACCUGAAUGGUUACGCAGCAUACAACGCCUGCAUGCAGAUCAACGAGCGCCUCGCACCAUACCGAGAAAAUUUUGGGCCUGCUGCGCCGAUGAAACAGCUAGCUCAUGCUGCCUACUUUGACCGGGUCAAUCUCUCGGCGCAGGGCUUCUAUAAGACCCCCGAGAUCGGAUAUGUUUGGGGACCGAACCCUUCUGACCCAAGCCAGGAGAAUACGGGCAAGAUGUUCUUCUACUUCACGCAAGGUGUAACUGCGAGUGAAGUCCUUAUUGAUACAUUAACCGGGGAUUGGACCUGCCUGCGCUCAGACAUCAAAAUGGACGUCGGGCGGAGCAUUAACCCGGCAAUCGACUACGGGCAGAUCGAAGGCGCAUACGUCCAAGGCCAAGGCCUUUUCACCACCGAAGAAUCCCUUUGGCACAGGGCGAGCGGGCAAAUCUUCACCCGCGGACCGGGCGCGUACAAGAUACCUGGAUUCAGAGAUAUUCCCCAAAUCAUGAACGUUUCUCUGCUGAAAGACGUUGAAUGGAAAAAUCUCCGCACGAUCCAGCGCUCGCGGGGCGUAGGGGAGCCGCCCCUAUUCAUGGGAAGUGCAGUCUUCUUCGCAAUAAGAGAUGCCCUUAAGGCCGCGAGGAAACAGUAUGGCGAGGAAGGUGUGCUGAGCUUGAGGAGUCCUGCCACGCCCGAGAGGAUCCGGAUUUCUUGUGCAGACCCGAUUCUGAAGAGGUGCAUGGUCGAGCCAAGGGAGGGUGAGAAGAGUUUUUUCAUCUCGAUUUGA